AGACCCGGGUGUGGAGGACAAGCUUGCCGCAGUUCACCUGCAGGCCGCACCCAGCACGCACACCAAGACACUCACUCCGCUCAGCGCCACCCCUCACAACACUGCUGCCAUUAUCAUAAUACUUGAGUAAGAACACCAGCAUAAUAACGAGUGGGAGCCACAGUGGUGAAGAGUGUCAACACAGAGCCAGUGGUGUCCCCCACACACCCGUCACGCACCCACCACACCAGGUGUAUGGGCCUGAGGUGAUCUCUGGAGGAGAGCCGCCAGCAUGAAGGCUGUGUGGGCGUGGACGGUGCUGCUGCUGGUGCUGGUGGUGACCGCCGGCGUCACCGAGGCCAAGCGAGGCAAGGGGCGAGGCAAAAAGGGACGCAAGAACAUGGGCAACCGUGGCAGCAUUUUCAAGUUUAAGUCUGAAGACAGCCGCGCCUACUAUACCAAUAAUGGUGGAGCCAAGAUCACGCUGUGGUCACACUUCGAGUCUGAGUACGUGCUGGGACGCAAGAUUGUCUUCAUGUGCAAAGCUGAGGGAGAACCUCGCCCUGUCAUCACCUGGUUCAAGGACGGCAUCGAACUCUACGCCCACUCCUUCUUUCAGGUACACGAAUGGAAGGAGGGUGAGGCAGCCAUUAAGAGUAAGAUGGAGAUUGACCCGGCUACCCAGAUGGACGCCGGCUACUACGAGUGUCAAGCAGACAACAAGUACGCCGUCGAUGUGAAGGGUUUCAGCGCAGACUAUUCUAUUGAGUUUGUGUGAACAGACUGCCAGGGUUGGCCACGCCCGACUCCUUCACACCAGCCUCAACCCCACCAGUGGUGGCUUCACUUCACCUGGUUGAUCUGCACACUGCUACAACCACCUAGACUUGGCCAUCAUCUACAGCGCGUCUGCGCUCUUGCUAGAAUUUUCUCCACUGUAUAAAGGAUAGGAUGUGACAGACGGCUUUGUUGUAAGGAACCCACAGGCUGGUUUAUUUCAAGCCUGGUUUAUACUGGUGGCUUGAUCACCUAACACUUGUAGAUAUAAUGCAGAUACUUCCAAGACAUUGGGGCUUUGCGGAAGAUAACUGGAGACGUCGGAAAACGAGAGAUGGAGUUUGAGAGAAGGUUGAAUUUUGUCUUGGGAAAAGAUCACCAAAUGUGUGAUAGACGAGAGGAAAGUGUUAGGAUAUCAGGUCUAUGUUAGGGCUAGGUGGGCACGAGUAUAGCCUUGCUAGGUAGAGAAUACACUCUUCGCUACAGCACACAUCACCGCAAGUUACUAAUCUAGUACCUUAGCGAGUAGCUGGAAAACCCGCAGUACUCCACAAAUUAGGAAGUAGAACCAGGUCUUGUGGUUGAAAUUAGGGAGUACAAAAACAGGGUUACCACGGACACCAAAGAGACAGUAGGCAAGUCAAAACCGGCUUCAUGAUAUGGAAAUCCCGGCCAAGAUUAUUAACCUCACUGAUAUUCUACAGGUCUAGUUUUGAUAAAAUAAAAAGGAGAUUUCAUAGAGCUAAAGGAAUCUGUUUUGUUUACUGGGGCAUUAUACAACAGGACGAGAAGAGGACAUGUCUUCUUCAUAUAUUUGAAUAACAUGUUAUUAAAAUGUAUGAAGAGGACAUGUUAUUCAAUUAUAUAAAGAAAUGUUAUUCAAAUAGUUUGGAACAUUCAGGAGGGAUGACAUGAGGCUGGUAUAACUAGUUAGGAUGACCACAGAACAAGACCAAGAAACUACGACUGUAGUUUAGACAAGUCUCACCACAGAUGAAGAAUGAUAGCGACGGAUAUGUUAAAUAUUCCAGUAAUAAAAAUAUAUUUACUGUAUCAUUAACUGUAAAGUUCCACAAAUUUCAGUCUAAAUGGGUUUUUUCUGUACAUAUAAUAAACUGGAAACACACAAAAUCCUCCUGCGCAUUUAUUUUCACCACACACACAAACACAGGGCCAGGAGCUAUGACUCGACCCCUGCAACCACAAAUAGGUAGUACACACACACACAAACACCCGGUUUAAAUUAAAAAUUUCACACUGUUUUACCAUCAAACAAGAUUACCUCCGCUGCACCUCACCUACAUUCAGAGAGGUCACUCCCUAGAUCAGUCCCUAGAUCAAUCCCGAGAUCAGUCCCGAGAUCAGUCCCUAGAUCAAUCCCUAGAUCAGUCUCUAGAUCAAUCCCUAGAUCAAUCCCUAGAUCAGUCCCAAGAUCAGUCCCAAGAUCAGUACCUAGAUCAGUCCCUAGAUCAAUCCCUAGAUCAAUCCCUAGAUCAGUCCCUAGAUCAAUCCCUAGAUCAAUCCCUAGGUCAAUCCCUAGAUCAGUCCCUAAAUCAGUCCCUAGAUCAAUCCCUAGAUCAGUCCCUAGAUCAGUCCCUAUCAGUCCCUAGAUCAAUCCCUAGAUAAGUCCAUAGAUCAAUCCCUAGAUCAGUCCCUAGAUCAGUCCCUAGAUCAGUCCCUAGAUCAAUCCCUAGAUCAGUCCCUAGAUCAGUCCCUAGAUCAAUCCCUAGAUCAGUCCCUAGAUCAGUCCCUAGAUCAAUCCCUAGAUCAAUCCCUAGAUAAGUCCCUAGAUAAGUCCCUAGAUCAAUCCCUAGAUCAUUUCCUAGAUCAAUCCCUAGAUCAAUCCCUAGAUCAGUCCCUAGAUCAAUCCCUAGAUCAGUCCUUAGAUCAGUCCCUUGAUCAAUCCCUAGAUCAAUCCCAAGGUCAAUCCCUAGAUCAGUCCCUAGAUCAAUCCCUAGAUCAAUCCCUAGAUCAGUUCCUAGAUCAAUCCCUAGAUCAAUCCCUAGAUCAGUCCCUAGAUCAAUCCCUAGAUCAGUCCCUAGAUCAGUCCCUAGAUCAAUCCCUAGAUCAAUCCCUAGAUCAAUCCCUAGAUAAGUCCCUAGAUCAAUCCCUAGAUCAGUCCCUAGAUCAGUCCC